AUGAGAACACUGGGGAACAACGAGGACACGAUUGCACAGAGGAACUGGGCCAUUGGUGGCCUCUUUCCUUCCCUUUUGCUGGACGUGGGGAUAUCCAUGGCUCCAGGAACAGAGGUGCUGCCUCUCACCUGCCUGAUGCUGCUCCUGCUCUGCAGAGCCCCGGGCUCUGCUCCCCGUGUGACGAGAGCCGUGAGUGGAUCCGACACAGACUUCACCAUCCACAUCAGGGAUGUUCAGCCCGAGGAUGUCGGCACCUAUUACUGCGUGAAGUUCACCAAGUCCCUGACUGGUGGGAAUGAGGUGUUUCGGCGUGGAACUGGCACAGAGGUGUCUGUGCUUGCCCAACCCUCCCCCCCGAUCGUGUCUGGGCCCAACCAGAGAGCGGGGCCGGGGCAAUCAGUGGCUUUCAACUGCAUGGCUGAAGGGUUCUUUCCCAAAGACAUCAGCGUGAAAUGGUUCAAGGACAGGGCCCCCAUCUCAUCUCAGCUGCCCCAGGUCACUGAAUGGCGGGAGAAAUCCUACAACAUGUCCAGCAGUGUGACAGUGGUCCUAGGGGAGGGUGACGUCCCCUCACGGCUCAUCUGUGAGGUGCAGCACUCUGCGUCAGAGACCCUGCUGCGGGGGAUGUACCAGCUCAACAGAGUCCUGAGAGUUUCCCCCAGUGUGGAUGUGAGCCCUGACCAGACGAGCCCCAUUGAGCUGAACAAGACUGUGAAAUUCACCUGCCACGUGAAGGGCUUUUACCCAGCGAAUGUGGCUGUUUCCUGGCUGGAGAAUGGGAUGAAGAUGAAGGUGCAGAACGACUCCCGGCCAUCGCUGUUGCACCAGGGCUUGUUGGAGCUGAGGAGCCAGGUGGAGGUGCAAGCAACAGAGGAGAGGAAUGGGUCUGUGUUCACCUGCCUGGUGGUACAUGAUGAUCAGGCUCCUGUCAACCAGUCAGCCAUCCUGUGGAUCACCAGCCAGAAGGGACCAAGCAAGUGGUCCCAGAUAAAUAGUGGUGUGAACCUUUCAUCCAGCCUCCUCCUCCUGUGGCUUGGCAUGCUGCUGGAGAAGGGAAUCCUCGGUGGGCUCCUCUUCUUCCUCUUCAACCGCACAAAGAAGGAAGUGCUGAGGAUGCUGACCUGUCCCACUGUUCCUCAAGGCGGGUCCCAGGGCUUGGCCACCACCAGCCAUGUCGUGUGA